GAAGUGUAUGUAUCUGACAAAGAGGGGGAUGACCAGGAUGGUGAUGGAACAGAGCAGAAGCCUUUCAAGACCUCCUUGAGGGUAAGACGAAUCAGUGUUGUCUGUCUGUUUCUUUUUCGUUAUGACGCCAUCCAACAGAACUGAGAUGUCUACGCACCCUUGAAUAAAUCACGGUUAAGUGAAUUGCUCUAACAACAGCUAUGUGAUUUCACAGGCGUUGACAUUUGCUGGAAAAGAGCCAUUCCCAAUCAUCUAUGUGGACUCUCAGAAGGGUGGAGAGGUACAUAGUUACAACAAGCAAUGGAAAACGAAGUCAAAAAAACAAACCCAGCAAAAUCUGAAUAUGUUUUCAUUUGGUUUCACUUUCUUAUUUGGUUUCCCCUAUUCAUCUAGCGUUGGGCAGUGAUCUCCAAGACGCAGAUGAAAAAUGUGAAGAAGUUAUUUGCUAAAGAGCAGAUGAAGAGUGAUUCCAAAGACAAAAAGGAGGUACGUGGGGAGGAGGAAAUGGUUAGAUGGUGUGUCCAAAAUGGCACCCUAUUCCCUGUAUAGUGCACUACCUCUGGUCAAAAGUAAAGUGCACUAUAUAGGGAAUAGGGUGCCAUUUGGGGUGCUGCCAUUAUAAUUAUACACACUAUUGUCUUCGGCCAUAAACCGUGUACUCACUGCUCACAGGCAGCAGUAGCCUAUGUAAGCGGCAAUUUAUCUUCCACUUUGAUUUGAAGGCAGAGGAUUCUGAGAGACGAGAGAAGAAUCUGGAAGAAGCUAGAAAAAUCACCAUUGAGAAUGACUCCAGCCUUCCAGAGCCUAAAACGGUCAGAUCCACAAUAUUCUCUUUAGUCAGCAUCCUGUCAGAAACUCCUCAUCUUUGGAAAUAAGUAUAUCAUUUUUGUCUUCCAUUGUGUUGAAAUUGAAUCAACCCGUUCCCAACAGGUUAAAAUCUAUCAGCUGGAGCCGCUCCGGGGGGAGAGAGUG